AUGGCACUCGCUCGUGUUCGCUGCGUCCAGACACACUGCGUCGACCUCAAUCUCCAAGAGCCCAUGCCCAUGCACCAAGUGCGCCAAAUGGCAGACACAGAGCCCACGCCACUUUCGCUGCAGCAGAUGCGCUCGUUCUCGGAUGGAUGUGCCAAGCUGCGCAUCGUGUCAGCCAAGUUCCUGCACAAGGAGCUACAGUCGCGAUUCGCUCGUGCGAUUAUGGAGCUGGCAGACUUGCCGCUCGGGUUGAGCGAUACGACGUCAAUUCGUCAAGCGAUUAAUGUCUAUCGUCGUGAGCUGCAGUGGCUCAGUUCUGUCAAGCCACCCAGUUCCAUUGCAGAGGACCAGCAGUUUACCGAGACGCUACGUCAAGCUAAGGCAGGGGGAUCCAACUUGGUACCGCUGAUAUGCUACGGGCUACAGCAGCUGAAAGCUACGGAUCUUGGGCACAGUGCGUUGCAAAUCGAGAGUGCCCAAGAGGACAUCAAGGACCGACUGGACAAGUUUUUUCUCGGACGCAUCGGCAUUCGCAUGCUCAUCGGUCAACAUGUGGAAUCGCUUGCGCGUCCGGGUGGCCGUGUGCAUCUUGUGAACGUGGAAGAGAUCGUGCGUGAGGCUUGUGACCGUGCCGCGAAGCUAUGUGAACAGUACUCUGGCGCAACACCACCUCUGGAGAUACACGCAACGGAAAGCGCGAGCACCCCGUUGAUGUACGUGCGAUCGCAUCUGCACCACAUGGUCUUUGAGUUGGUGAAGAAUGCAAUGCGUGCAACAGUUGAGUAUCACGGAAAAUUGAAGCACAGAGCUCCCGGCGCCGUCAAUCGCUUUCAACAGACAAUGAACCCAUACAGCCCGUCGUUGGGCUUUUUCUUGCCGUCGGUCGCCGACGUAUCGGGUGUCAAGAUUUUUCCAGAUGUUAGCAAGUACAAGCUUCGAAGAGAACUUCCACCAGUGGAGAUCGUGAUUUGCGUGGGGAGCGAAGAUCUGACCAUCAAAGUGAGCGACGAAGGUGGAGGUGUGCCGCGGAGUCGUUGGAAUAAGCUGUGGCACUACGAUUAUACCACAAGUCCUCCGUGCCCACCCAUCGACUUCAAAAACUAUCACAGUUAUAGGCAACACUACAGUGGCGGUGGCUACGGACUGCCUAUGGCAAGGCUGUUCGCACGCUAUUUCGGUGGCGAAGUCACAUUCACGUCGCUCGAAGGGUCCGGGUCGACGGGAUUCAUCCAGGCACACCGCUUGGGGAGAAAUAUGGAAGUCAUUCCUGGACACGCGUCGUAUAACCUGCCGUCGCUUUACUCGUAG